AGCCAUUCCAGACCCCUCCCUGAGAUACUCCCCAGCUGCUCAACCCCAUUCCUACUCCUGGGGUUGCCAAGAGAAGUUCUCUUACAACGGACAGUCUUACCUGCCCCCUAGGACGGACCUGUUGGGUCAGGGGAAGGCAGGUGCGUCCCAGACUGGGGCCAUGAGCUGGAGGAUGGGCCUGGGGCCUCAGUGGCCCCUAGCGUUGAUGACAAUGCUAAGCUUAUUGAAUCUGCUACCGCUGGGAAGGGGGGCUGAUGGGAAAGAAGAAGUUCCCUGUGGCAUGGCCUCACAGGCGCGAAUCGUGGGAGGUACCAAUGCCUCCCCAGGUCAGUGGCCAUGGCAGGUCAGCAUCACCUACAAUGGCAUCCACGUAUGCGGUGGCUCUCUUGUAUCCAAAGAGUGGGUGCUCACAGCUGCCCACUGCUUCCCAAGGGAGCACAGGCUGGAUGACUACGAGGUGAAGCUGGGUGCCCAUCAACUCAGCACCUAUAGCCCUGAUGCAGUGGCUACAACUGUAGCCAAGGUCUUCACCCAUCCUAACUAUGUAGAAGAGGGCUCCCAGGGCGACAUUGCUCUCCUCCAACUGAAGUUUCCUGUGAACUUCUCGAGGUACAUUCGUCCAGUUUGUCUACCAGCAGCCAAUGCCUCCUUCCCCAAUGGACUCCACUGCACUGUCACAGGCUGGGGUAAUACACACAGCUCAGUGAGUCUCGCUAACCCCAAGACCUUGCAGCAGCUGGAGGUGCCUCUGAUUAGCAGAGAGACGUGCAACUGUCUUUACAACAUAAAGCCGGAUCCUGAGGAGCCACACGUCAUCCAGCCAGACAUGGUGUGUGCUGGCUUUGUACAAGGUGGCAAAGAUGCCUGCCAGGGAGAUUCUGGAGGGCCCCUCUCUUGCCCCAUGGGAGGCCGCUGGUUCCUGGCUGGUGUUGUGAGUUGGGGAGAUGCCUGUGGGGCUCCCAACAGGCCUGGAGUCUAUACUCUCACCUCCAGCUAUGCUUCAUGGAUUCACCAGAAGGUCUCAGAGAUCCAGUCCCACUAUGUGCCCCUGACCAAAGAAUCCCAUUUGGAUAUGGAUCUGUGCAAAAAGGAUCUCAGCAAGCUCAUCUCAGCUUCAGCCCUCCUGACACCAAGCCUGCUACUGUCCCUCAGCGUGUCAGUCUUUUGUCACCUCCUGCUCUAGAACAGAGCACAAUUUCUACAGACUUUGCCUGGUUUGGCUGGAGGGCUUAGUCCCUUAUCCACUCACUGCCUCCUGGACAACUGACACUUUACUGAGCCCCCCUACCCCAACCCUAGAGGGACUGAGACAUUCCCUUCUCACUGGGACCUGAAGCUUCAGAUUGUGAAUUGUGGUCCACCUCUAAAACCAACUGUCAAUGGCCUCGAACACUUAUUACCUGUGUAACUUGGGGAUCAAUAACCUCAGACUCAGUUUCCUCAUCUGUAAAAUGAGAAGAUUGGAUUAGCUGGCCUCCAAAGUCCCUUCCAGGAGCGCUGAGGAGGGACUGAUGGGACUUUCUGACCUUUGAGCCAGCUCCUUCCACGCCAGGACAGCCGUGGUUCUUGGUGUGUGGUUUGGGGCCUGAGCCUUUCCUUACUUUCAGGAUUUAUGGCUGUUUGUUGUCAAGAGGUCUCUCAGCAGCAACCCUAGUGAAUAAUCUGGGACUCUCCUGUCUGAGGGGCUGGGCCAGGUGAUUCUCUGGCUACCACUGGGAAACUCUGCCGCCAUUCUUCUGGAGGACUUGGCCCCUUCACCUGCACCCGUGUCAGCCCCCAGAGUUAGUGGAGACCGGGCAUCUCCAUGAAAGCCAACCUCAAAGUACUGGUUCUUGCAUUCCAAAGACAAGUGCCCCCUCCAGCAAAGAGCAGCUGCAUGCCCAUAACAUGGCUCUUCAUGAAGGACCGACCUCCUCCACAACUGGCUGAUCCCCCCCUUCCCACACAGGACCCUACCCUGUAGCCACCUGUUAUUGGACUCACUCCCUCCUCCUCUACUGCACCCUGGAGGACUGAGCCACCCCUGGGAAGGGGCUGAGGAGUGAGGGUGUGUGUAUGUAUGUACAUAUGUGUGUGUGUGUAUGUGUGUGUGUUUGUACACAGGUGCAUGCACGGCAAGGGAAGGCAUCACAUCAGUCCUAUUGAGCAUAAUAAACCAUUUGAAUAAGCAA